UUUUAGAAAGGAACCUAAUACCAGGAAUACACAAGAUGUAAGCCAGCCAAACUACACCUCAGCAAGCAGAUAUCUGACACCCAGUCUUAGCCUUCGCUCUAUGGGGGAGAUCGAUCUUCCCACACAGGGAGAAAUUGACAUGACAAAGGUGGAUGUAUCUGCUCUUGACUUUGCAGGCUCUGAUCAGUCCCACGAUUUUAGGAGUUAUCAGGGAUACAGAACAUUACAGGUUUUGCCCCGAAGUCCAGUUCCAGUGCGACUCUAUCUCAGUGGAUCAAGAAUUGGUCAGGCCAGCAUCUGUGACAUCAAAGAUAUUGCUAAGAGAGCUAAGAGUAUUUCUUCUCACAAUGUGGACUGGAGCAAACUACCAUAGACGUUCUAUAUUCUUGAAACCCUUCAAAAUUCAGUUCAAUCAAAGACUUCAGAAGCUUUUCAAUUGUAUUUUCCAAAUAUUGACCUAAGUUCUUAAAAGGUUGUACAAUAUCAUUAUAAGUUUUGUCUGAUCUUUUCUCAAAGCUCAUCAAUGCUGAGUCCUUGCAAUCUAAUUUCUAUUUGAAAUCCUGAAUAUUGAAUUAAAUCUUAACUCUAAAAAAAUUGAUUUCCAUAACUUUAGAAAAUUAUUUUUAUUCAAUUUGAGGGAAAUUAUCACUCUUAAUAUUUUCUGCUGUAGGGAAAUAAAGGAACUUUGUCAGCCUACGAAAAAAGUAACCUUUUCGCUCUACAAUUAAAAUUUCAAAAUUGAGUCGCCCUACAACAAUAAAGUAACUUUAUCGACCUUCUUUAUACAAUAAGUGGAGUAAGAUUUAAUAAAACUAUACUUAUAUAAUUGCAAUUACAAGUAAUCUUUCAAAACUUGAAAUAAAUGGUCAAAUGUUAUUUCUCUUCUUUGUUAACAUCAUUGUGAUGUUCAAUGGUUUGUGAUUAUUUAGUAACUCUAACAUGUUUAGAUUUUACCUUUAUUGAUAAAAUAUUAUUUUAAUGUUGCUCAUAAUUUGUUUGAUUUUAGAAAA